AUGGGCUCCAUACCACUCCCUAACCCCGUCCGACUGGCCAUCCUCGUCGCAGAUGAGCCACUGCCUAGCGUAUCGGCCAAGCUAGGCCGCUUCGACACCAUCUUCACGACACUUCUCAGAAACGCAUGCGAAAGCCUUGAUCCACCGCAGACGCUCCAGUCUCAGCUUGCGCUGACUUCGUACAACGUGGUGGCUGAAGAUGAUGUGGAUGCCGCUUACCCUGAGCCUGAGAGUAUUGAUGCCGUGCUCAUCACGGGAUCUCGGUAUUCGGCUUACGCGGAUGAUGAAUGGAUUGUGAGGCUGACAGCUUUCACGCGGAGACUUCUGGACGAGGGCCGUGUUCGCGUCAUCGGCGUUUGCUUCGGGCAUCAGAUCGUUGCUCGUGCUCUUGGUGGGCAGGUUGCUCGGUCUCCCGGAGGAUGGGAGCUUUCUGUCACAAAGUUGGAGCUGACUGAGGAGGGCCAGAAUGUGUUUGGAUCUGAGAGUCUGAGCAUCUAUCAAACACACCGCGAUGCAGUCCUCAACCUGCCUUCCGGCGUCGUCUUGCUAGCCCAUACCAAGCAAUGCCCAAUUCAAGCCAUGUAUGUUCCUCGGAGGUUCAUCACAGUGCAAGGCCACCCCGAGUUCUCCCCAUUCAUGAUGAGCGAGAUGCUGCAGAUCCGCCACCAGGCUGGCAUCAUUCCUGAAGACCCUUUCAGAGACGCCAUGGCGAGGUUUUCGGAUGCGCACGAUGGUGUUCUCAUUGGGCGAAGCCUUCUUCGCUUCUUGAGGGAGUAA